AUGGGAAGGCAAGAAAAUGAGACGAAAUUGCAUGUAUUCUACCGUAUUGGACUGGAAAUCCCGGUUGGCUAUGUUUUGGUUGUUGUGUUUAUUCUUGGAGAUAGUGUUAUUUGUGUUGGAAAGCAAAAACUCAGGUGCAAAGAAGCAGAGAGACAAGCAUUGUUGAAGAUCAAAGAGGGUAUUUACGAUGAUGAGCAUGGUUUUCUUUCAUCUUGGGGGGAAGAAGAAGAGAAAAGAGAGUGUUGUGAAUGGAUUGGAAUUCGGUGUGACAACCGAUCCGAUCAUGUCGUUAGGCUCGAUCUUUCUGCUUCAACUUUUGGUCCAGAUUUCUAUUACUUUGAAGGAACCAACAUCAGUUCUUCAAUGGUUAAUCUCAGUAAUUUGAAGUAUUUGGACCUAAGUGGCAUCAAUUUUUAUUGGCAUCAAUACCCAAUCCCAAGUUUUCUUGGUACCCUCAGCAAAUUGAGGUACCUCAACCUCUCUCAGACUUACCUAUGGGGAGAAAUUCCUCCUCAACUUGGAAACCUUUCCAGCUUGCAAUAUCUAGAUCUUAGCAAUACUGAACUACGCAUAAAAAAUAUGAAUUGGGUCUCACAUCUUUCUUCUUUACAACUACUUGACCUUAGUUCCAUGUACAUGAGCUUACCCGAUGACUGGGUGCAUGUGGUCAAUAACCUUCCUCGCUUGGUAAGUUUGAAGUUGAGUGAAUGUUUUCUUCCAGAUGUUGUUCCUCCGCAUCUUUCCCUCGUUAAUUCUUCAAGAUUUCUCGCCGUCCUUGAUCUUUCCAGCGUCUAUUUUCCAUCUGCUUCUAUAUUGCUGUGGUUGUUCAACUACAGUCAUAGCCUUGUUCAUCUUGACCUUGCCGGUUCCCUGCCAAAUAGUUCUUUUCCAGAAGCAUUUGGUAACAUGGCUUCCCUUGAAUACCUUGAUCUUCAAUACAAUUUUCAAGGUUCCAAUAUUCCAGAUUCUUUUAGGAAUAUGACUGCGCUUACAUAUCUUGAUCUGAGCCACAGUAAUUUAGAAGGUUCCAUACCAGAGUCCUUUGGGAAUAUGACAUCCAUUGCAUAUCUCGAUCUCAGCGGCAAUCACUUGGAAGGAUCCAUUCCAGAAUCUUUUGGAAACAUGGCUUCUCUUGAAUACCUUGAUCUUAAGACAAACAUGCUAGAAGGUGAAAUUCCGGAAUCUAUUUGGAAAAUUUGUGCACUAAAGCAAUUCCGUGCAGAUAACAACGGUCUUAGCGGACAGCUCCGAUUCUCUGAAUCAUCAUCCAGGUGUGCUCAUUUCCCUUUGGAGUUUUUGAACUUAGAUGAUAAUCGAAUUGUGGGAUCGUUGCCUAACUUUACACUGUAUCCAUCUCUGAAAGCGCUACAUCUUUCCUCGAAUCAAUUAAAUGGAAACACAUCAAAAAGUAUAGGUCAACUAUCAAAGUUGGAGGUUUUGGAUAUUUCUAACAACUCAAUGGCAGAUGUGAUGUCUGAAGCUCAUUUUUCUGAACUUUUCAACCUACAUACUUUGAAUUUAUCUUCCAACUCACGUUUGGUUUUGAACAUGUCUUCUGAUUGGAUUCCAUCCUUUCAUGGAUUGGAAAGUAUAUCCCUUAGAUCUUGCAAGUUGGGUCCUCAUUUCCCCAAAUGGAUCCUAACUCAAAAGAAUUGUACCAUUCUUGACGUCUCCAAAACCGGAAUUUCAAAUCAUAUUCCCUACAAUUUUUGGAAAAGUCUUCCUAAUUUGGAGAGUCUUGAUCUGUCUGAUAAUGAAAUCAGGGGAACAAUUCUGGAUAAGCAAAGAUUCAGGGGACCUUCGAGAUUGAUUUUGAAGGAGAUAGAUUUGAGUUCAAACCAGCUAGAAGGCUCGAUACCUCUUUUUUUACUCGAAGUGGUUUCACUAAAUCUUUUCAAAAAUCGAUUUUCAGACCUAAAUUUCCUGUGUAAGGUUCAUAAAUCUCCAUAUCUGACCUUUCUUGAUGUUUCAUACAAUCAACUUUCGGGCGAGAUUCCUAAUUGUUGGUCAAAUAUGCGCUACUUGCGAAUUCUUAUUCUGGCAAAUAAUAAGUUAUCGGGGAAAAUUCCUGCCUCUCUUGGCUUGUUAAGGAAACUACAGACCUUGCAUUUGGGUAACAACAAUUUGACCGGGGGAUUGCCUUCAUCCUUACAAAAUUGUACAUGGUUGAUUAUUUUUGACGUAGAAGCAAACAAAUUGUCAGGGCAGAUACCAGCGUGGAUUGGGAAGAGUUUCGCAGCUCUUGUCAUUCUUAGCCUGCGAUCCAAUAACUUCAAUGGGAGUAUUCCUGUAGAGCUGUGUCGCUUAGUACGCCUUCAACUCUUGGACUUGUCUUCAAAUGAUCUCUCGAUCAAUGUCCCCAAAUGUCUUGACAAUAUUACAGCAAUGAAAGAAAUUGGGAGCGAAGAUUCAACAAUUUAUUGGCCUUACGAAGUAUGGAAAGGAGCAUUCCAGGAAUUCACAAGCUUGGGACUUCUGAAGAACAUUGAUUUGUCCAGUAACAAGUUGUCAGGUGAAAUUCCAAGAGAAAUCACUAAGCUCCUUGGAUUGAUUUCUUUGAACUUGUCGAGAAACAAUCUGACUGGAAAGAUCCCGCAAGAGAUUGGUCGGUUGAAAUCUUUAGAUCUUCUUGAUUUGUCAAACAAUCACCUUUCCGGCCGAAUUCCUUCGAGUCUCUCUCAAGUAGAUCGUCUCAAUACAUUGGACUUGUCAAGCAACAAUUUGUCAGGCAAAAUUCCAACAGGAACUCAACUCCAAACACGCGAUGCUGCUGCAUACAUGGGAAAUCCUGAACUUUGUGGAGAUCCACUCCCAAAGAAAUGUCCAGGUGAAGAAGAACCACCCAUCUCUCCUGGAGCUACUGAAGAUGCCCACGAUGGCGAAGAAGAAGAUGGGUUCAUAACCAAAGGAUUUUACAUUAGUGCGGCAGUUGGAUUUAUAGUUGCAUUUUGGGGAGUUUGUGGGACAUUAGUCUUCAACAAGAUGUGGAGAUACAGAUACUUCAACUUAUUGAAUGACGCUGGUGAUUGGCUUUACGUAACCGUAGCAGUUCGCAAGGCAAAACUGUCGAGGAUGAUCAAAACCUAG